UAACUGAGUGCUCUUGCAACAGUAAAAGUUUGUUCUUCGCGUUGAUAAGACGUGUGUUUUGGUUAUUAUAAUUUAUUCAGUGAGACAAGCUCUAAAUUAUACAAAACUGUUGACUGGGUUGUUGAAUUUGAAUAGAAUCGUUUAAGAGGAAAACAUUUAUCGUGUAUGUGAAAGUGGAAUUAGUGCUGUGUACAUAAAGAAGACAUUUAGACAAUUUUAGCGUCUCGCAUUCAAUUAUUUCAGAGAGCGAAAAAGGGGAUUAGUGAAAAUUACUCAACUUAUUGCCAUGAAAUAAACAUUGAAAUGAAAAUUUUUGUUUUUAAAAAUGAACACUACUGAACAGUCUGUACAUUUAUACAUUAUUUGAGAGGACGUCUUAAGCGCUGGCUGGAACAAAUGUUACAAUAAAUAAAACUUUUUUUUUUGGCAAAUUAUCAAAAUAGAAAAAUUGGGAAAAAAAUUUCAUCGACCAAAAUGUGCGUAAUUAAUUUUCUUUACGGUUGGAAUAUCACCGAAUGAAUGAGAUGUGACUAAGCCACAAUGUAAACUGAAAAUAAAAAUUGUCGAAUAAAACAGCCAGGGAAAUUCCAACUCGACAGACGAUUUAAAAAGGACAAAAUUAUGUGAGAAUAUGUUCAAUCGAAAAGCAAACACUUUACUGAUGCAACAGCUAAAUAAUGUGAAUUACAGUGCUACAACAGUGCAACCAAUCACAGUGUGUCUGAGUGUGCCAAAUGCAUGGUAUGCAUGAACUAAAUAACAUCCAACAUUUCUAAUUGAUUCCCAUUUUGGAACCACUCUACAACCAACCAUGACGACAACGACGACAACGGCCACUUCUUCACCCAGUUACUAUGCCCUGAAUGACGACAAUUACACCGCCAUCCAACCGAAUAUCAUGUUCGAGGGAGCCGAAGUUAUCAUGUCGAAUGCAACACAGUCGGAUUACAUCCACAACCGGAUUGUUCAGUCCUGUUUCAUACUGAUAUACGUUCUGAUAUUUGUGAUGGGCGUAUUCGGUAAUGUACUGGUUUGUUUCGUCGUGUUCCGCAAUAAAUUGAUGCAGUCCGUGACCAAUUUAUUCAUAACGAACCUAGCAUUAUCCGACAUUUUGCUGUGCAUUUUGGCAGUUCCGUUUACACCUUCGUACACCUUUCUGAAGCGUUGGAUAUUCGGAACGAUUCUGUGCCAUUUGGUUCCGUAUGCACAAGGAGUUAGUGUCUACAUUUCGACGUUAACAUUAACAGCCAUUGCCAUCGAUCGAUUCUUCGUCAUCAUCUAUCCGUUCCAGCAGCGAAUGAGAUUGAUUGCUUGCAUUUCAAUUAUUUUCAUAAUUUGGAUGGUAUCGCUAUUGCUGACCUUUCCGUAUGGACUUUACAUGCAAGUAGCCAGAUUGAAUUUUACUGGUGAACAUGAGUUCUACUGCGAAGAGGAUUGGCCCACAGAGUACUAUCGCAAGGUGUACGGAACCGUCACAGUUAUUCUCCAAUUUCUUUUGCCUUUCUUUAUUGUGACAUUCUGCUACGUCUGUGUGUCUAUUCGUUUGAAUGACAGGCACAAAACAAAGCCAGGUACGAAGACGACAAAGAAGGAGGAGCUCGAUCGAGACAGAAAGAAACGCACUAACAGAAUGUUAAUAGCAAUGGUUCUGGUGUUCGGAUUGUCUUGGCUACCGCUUAAUGUCGUAAAUGUUCUCAACGAUUUUUACAUCAAUACAUCCGAGUGGAAGAUCUACAAUGUACUGUUCUUCAUAGCACACAGCGUUGCAAUGUCAUCCACGUGCUACAAUCCCAUUUUGUACGCCUGGCUGAAUGACAAUUUUCGCAAAGAAUUCAAAUUGGUGCUACCUUGUUUAUCAUGGCGACGCGGCAAAUGCAUUCCUGGCAACGGCAGUCAGCGAUGGCAUCCAGAGCCAACAUUUAACGGAAAUAAUGAAACGAUCCAGGAAUCAUUGUUAACGUCAAGUUUUACGCGAAGCAACUGUCCAUCAUUAGCGGCCCGUGAUUCCAUUCAGUUGAAUGGAUUCAGAAGUCCAUUGGACCACACCAUUUUGUUGUCGGAUGUGGUACCAGCCUGUCGACAACGAAGCCCGGAAACGGUUUUACUGCCAUCUGGGGUAUUAGAAACAAAUUUUGAAGAUUCACUUGAAUACGGCAACAGGCAAUUAUCAGCGGGUGGCCAUAUACGCUUUGAGGAUGAUAAUUGUAAGGAAAUGAAACCGGAUCGUAUCAAAAAUGGUGACAAAUAUCGUGCUACUUAAAUUAGAGACUAUGGUAUAUAAUACAUGCAUUGCGACUGGUUUCAUUCGGAUCUCCAAACUCAACUAUGUUAUACAAAUAAUUGAUUUUUCGAUGGCAUAUAAUGUUGGGGACGCCAAAAGGCUUCUGCAGAACAACAAACAGCCACCUGACGAUAAUAUGGAAACGAGCACAACUGUAACGCUAUAUAAUCCACUUCAUUCAUAAAAACCGGAUAUAUCAUCAAACUUUAUGAUCUUCAUCUCAUCAUUGACACGACGAAAAUUGUGAUAGAAAAUAACACAGCGAAAUUCAUGUUUAGUUUACUGACGUAAUUUAAAAUGAUUGAGAGAAGAAACAAAACCAAAACCAAAAAAAA